CGGACGCCACAGCCACCCAGAAGACACCGCGCACUGCUCCCAUCUCCCGCCGCCUCGCCCUGGCCCGUACCAUGGAGGCCUCCAAUUGUCGGUUGUUGAUGUUCGUCUUGCUGCCGCUCUCCACUGCCUUCUACCUGCCUGGCCUGGCACCUGUCAGCUUCUGUCAGAAGGAUGAGGAGACAGAGACGUGUAAGUCAAGCAUUGAAGUAUUUGUGAACAGACUGGACUCCGUGGAAUCUGUUCUGCCAUAUGAAUAUGAUGCGUUUGACUUCUGUCAGAAUGAUACUGAGAAACGGCCUUCAGAGAAUUUGGGACAAGUGUUGUUUGGAGAAAGAAUUGAGUCAUCCCCAUACAAGUUUACUUUUAAUAAACCUGAAAUAUGUAAACCAAUUUGUGUGAAAUCUUAUGAACCAAAGGACAAAGUGAGUGCAGACAAACUGUCUUUCAUAAAGAAGGGAAUUCUCCUGAAUUAUCAACAUCAUUGGAUCAUUGAUAACAUGCCUGUCACAUGGUGCUACGAUGUAGAAGAUGGCCAAAAGUUUUGUAAUCCGGGAUUUCCUAUUGGAUGCUUCGUUACUCAGGAUGGCCGUCCAAAGGAUGCUUGUGUCAUCAAUUCUGAGUUCAACAAGAAGAACACCUACUAUGUUUUCAAUCAUGUGGAUAUCCUUAUCACUUACCACAAAGGAACGAACAAAGAAUGGGAAGGUGCACGAUUGGUUGCUGCAAAAUUAGUGCCCAAAAGUUAUAACCAUAUGGACGCCACCCACCUGAAUUGUGAUGGAGCCCCGAUGGAAAUUCCUGCUGAAGACAAAGAUAAGAAAAUAAACAUUGUGUACACCUAUUCGGUUACAUUUACAGAAGAUGCUAAGAUAAAGUGGGCUUCCAGAUGGGAUUACAUUUUGGAGUCCAUGCCACACACAAAUAUUCAGUGGUUUAGCAUUAUGAAUUCCCUUGUGAUUGUCCUCUUCUUAUCUGGAAUGGUGGCAAUGAUUAUGCUUCGGACCUUACACAAAGAUAUUGCCAGAUACAACCAGAUUGAUUCGGCAGAGGAUGCACAGGAAGAGUUUGGUUGGAAGCUGGUGCAUGGAGAUAUCUUCAGACCUCCCAGGAAAGGAAUGCUGUUGUCAGUUUUCCUUGGGCAAGGAACACAGAUCUUCAUAAUGAUGUUUAUCACUCUUUUCCUCGCAUGUCUUGGGUUCCUUUCUCCAGCAAACCGAGGAGCACUGAUGACCUGUGCUGUUGUCCUCUGGGUCUUGUUAGGAACACCUGCAGGAUAUGUUUCUGCUCGAAUGUACAAGACAUUCGGUGGUGAGAAAUGGAAAACCAAUGUUCUCUUGACUUCUUUCCUUUGUCCUGGAAUUGUUUUCAUUGAUUUCUUUAUCACUAACCUCAUCCUCUGGGUUGAGGGGUCAUCUGCUGCCAUUCCUUUCGGCACACUAGUAGCAAUCUUGGCGAUGUGGUUUGGAAUUUCGGUACCAUUGACUUUUGUUGGCGCUUAUUUUGGAUUUAAGAAAAGGCCAAUUGAUCACCCUGUGCGCACUAAUCAGAUCCCACGUCAAAUUCCAGAACAAUCCUUCUUCACAAAACCAUUACCGGGGAUUGUCAUGGGCGGCAUCCUGCCCUUCGGGUGCAUUUUCAUCCAGCUGUUUUUUAUUCUCAACAGCAUCUGGUCUCAUCAGAUGUACUACAUGUUUGGUUUCCUAUUCCUGGUCUUCAUCAUUCUCCUCAUCACUUGUUCAGAAGCCACCAUUCUGCUUUGUUACUUCCACCUUUGUGCAGAGGAUUAUCACUGGUGGUGGAGGUCAUUCCUGACCAGUGGCUUUACAGCUGUUUACUUCUUUAUAUAUGCCGUCCAUUACUUCUUCUCCAAGCUUCAAAUUUCUGGGGCUGCAAGCACGAUUUUAUACUUUGGCUACACGCUCAUCAUGGUCUUGAUUUUCUUCCUCUUUACAGGUACUGUUGGAUUUUUCGCUUGUUUCUGGUUUGUCAACAAGAUCUAUAGUGUUGUGAAGGUGGAUUAAUAAUGGCCUCCACACAUAUGAUGUGUAUUUUCUUUAACUUUUGCAUUUAAAAUAUUUAUCAAUAGCUUCAAUCCUGGACACUUUCUAAGCAUCGUUCACUUCUAAUUGCGAAGCUAGAAUAAUUGCAACAAUAAAAACUAGUUUAGUCGAUUGUCUCACAUUUUUGCAAUCAUGUGAUAAUGAUUAGAGUGACAGGUCAAGGAAGGCUUCCUUGGCUGUUAACUCCGUGUUCAGAUGUCCCAUUUACUGCAUAGUUUCCUUUUUCCAAUUUGAUUUGUAGUGCAUGCUUUCUGAUCCUUUGCCAAUGGUUGGGACUGUCAUGCCCAGUAAGAUAGCACUUGGAUAUCUGGGAACCCUCAGGAGUGCCACAGUGCACCAUUGUUGCUGGAUUUCCAAGGCACACUUUCUCUUUGAUAGCUUGGGGUUGUGAAGCACUUUUGCUCUGGCAGUUCCAGACACGUUGGUCAUUGUGCUCCUGUGUUUUUACUUCAACUGUGCUCAAAUAAUAACUGAAUAAUUUUACUGAAAGUGGAUUCUGAAGUGCUACAUUAAAACAAUUGCAAUAAUAUCAAACCAUUGUAUAUAGACAGCUCAUUCACCUUUGUAAUGUAAAUAUAUGGAACUGUGUUAACCCAUUCCUUCCCCAGUCCGGUUGUUUUUCCCACUUCCCAAAAGCAGCAAGGAUUUAAUCUUUUAUUGUUUACUGUGAUAUUUUGUAAAUAUUCCCAUCAACUUGAAUCAAGGGUUGUGUUUUGGUGCUAGAGCAGCACAGAUUGGUGGCUUUAUCUAUCCGCAGUGCCUGAUGUCUCCAAUAUUUACCGAUAUCUCUUCAAUAAACUUGAGAUCAAUCACU